AUGAAAUUGAACUCAACGGCGAAGUCGACAGAGCAGAUGGCCAUGCUGGUAGCCAUGGCGGAAUUCCAGAAUGCACCUCAGUGUGGAUAUCUGGCCUACGCAUCCACGCUCAGCUCAGAAUCUGGCUUUGUUGGGCCUCGUCAUAGAUUCUCGUACAGACAGGAAUCUUCUGAGAACAGCCACUCGGAUUGUUUGUUUGAGGCUGUCUCCGCUAGCACUUUGGCUCACGAACCUAACCGCAAUGCAACGGCAGUCAGUGCGCCAGACUUUGGAUGUUGGAAUUGGCGAACAUUGCCGGACCCUAAUGCCCAAGGUCUGACAGCACACCGUCUGUAUCAGCACAACUUAGAUGUCUGCUGCCUGUCUGAAAUCCGAAUUCCUGGUUCAGGCGCUCGGGAAAUAAAGAUCCCUGGAGUCAACUCACACUUCACCCUGUACCACAGUGGGACGCGCAACUCCUCUGCAGUCACACCCACGGGAACGUCAGGCUGCAGAUCAGUCAGCCCAACUGUCCAGAAAGCCCCGCUGGUUAGUGGGGACAUGGGGAAGUCCCCCGAGCCCCGCAAGACACCAAAAGCCAGUCCAAGCGAGGCCGGGAGCGGCUUAAAGUCCGGCAAAACCAGCCGCCAACAGAUGGAGGUCCUGGUGGAUGCCCCGCUGACCCCCACACCCCCACCGCCCGCCGCACAGAAGGCGAACGGACCGACUUACUAUCAAGGCACGCCGAGCAUAGCCGUCACCUCCGCCAGCACGGCCUUC